AUCUCUUGUCGGUAACGUUGCUGUUGGUAAACUUCUUUUCUAUGGUUAGCUCAGUCUGCUUAGCCAUGGCAGCACAAACCAACAUUAGCAUAGACAAAUCUGCUCUUCUUGUCUUCAAAGCUCGUAUCACCAGUGACCCUCUAAACAUAAUAUCGACCAACUGGUCGACCAACACUCCUGUUUGCACCUGGGUUGGCGUUACUUGUAACAAACGCCAUCAUCGGGUCGCAGUCUUGGAUCUCUCCUACAUGGAACUCGAAGGCACUAUUCCUCCGCAGCUAGGCAACUUAUCAUUUCUUGUUAAGCUGAGGUUCAGAAAUAAUAGCUUUCACGGUUCUUUGCCCCAGGAAUUGGGUCGUCUGCGGCGGUUGAAGUAUAUUUCAGUGGUAUUCAACAAGUUGGUGGGAAUCAUUCCGUCAUGGUUUGGGUCCUUAUCCAAACUUCAAAGCUUGAGUCUGUCCGGUAACAAAUUUUCAGGUUCCAUACCAGCAGCCAUCUUCAACUUAUCAGCACUUCAAGCGAUUUAUUUGAGCUACAACCAAUUAUCAGGUAGCAUACCAAAAGAAAUCGGUAACCUAACAAUGUUGAGGGAUCUAUACCUGGCUCAGAACAAUUUCAUAGAAAUUCCAAAAGAGAUUGGCACUUUGAAUCUGCUGGAGGUGUUGAAUGUCCAAAAUAAUGCCCUCAAAGGGGCGAUCCCUGUGGAUGUCUUCAACAUGUCUUCUCUAGCUAUUCUGGUUCUACCAGACAACAGCCUGAAUGGAACUCUACCAGACAAUAUAUGUCAACAUCUACCAAAUAUUCAAGUGCUUCAUCUGACCGGUAACCAGCUUGAUGGUCCACUUCCGUCCAAAUUUCCGAACUGCAAAGAGCUUCGGAUGCUAUCAUUGUCUGAUAACAUUUUCAGUGGAAGCAUACCCAGAAAUCUUGGCAACUUGACCCAGUUACAGGAACUUUAUCUUGGCUAUAAUAAUCUGGCAGGUAUGGUACCACCUGAGAUUGGUGAUCUUCAAAAUUUAGAGAUAUUAUCACUCCAAUACAAUAUUUUUGUUGGUCUCAUUCCACCCACAAUCUUCAACAUGUCUUCAGUGACAGAGUUAACAUUCACUAUGAAUCAGCUGUCAGGUAGCCUACCCGCAAACAUAGGCCAUGGAGUUCCAAACCUACAAUAUCUCUUUCUAACCGCUAAUUACCUUACCGGACAAAUCCCCGCCAUCUUCAUGUCUAAUGCUUCAAAGCUGAUGGACAUAGAUUUGAGCAAUAACUUCAUUUCUGGGGUUAUUUCAAGCACACUCUGUUCCUUCACAAACCUUGAGUGGCUUAACUUGGGGGACAACAACUUGACAAUGGAUACUUCUGGUCCAAAAGAAAACAUGUUCUUCAAUUGUUUGGCUAAUCUUACAAACUUGGGGACUUUAUCGUUGUCAUACAAUCCAUUAGAUGUCAUGCUUCCUGCUUCCAUUGGGAAUAUCUCUAAAUCACUUCAAAGCUUGCUCUUACUCGAUUGCAGCAUGAAAGGCAGCAUUCCUAGUGAUGUUGGUAACUUGAGCAACUUGACAGUCUUGGAUUUGGGGUACAAUCAACUAAGUGGAUCAAUUCCUGCUUCAAUAGGAAGACUUCGGAAUCUCCAAGGUUUGUACUUGAGUAAUAACAAACUGCAAGAACAUAUCCCAGAUGAAGUUUGUCAACUUCAAAAACUCACCGAGUUAUCUUUGGGUGUUAAUCAAUUCUCCGGCUCUAUACCUUCAUGCUUGGAUCUUCUGGCUGCAACACUAAGAAAACUAUCAUUAAGGUCUAAUUUGCUGACUUCAUCAGUACCAUCUACUUUGUGGAGACUUACAGAUAUCUUGCAACUAGAUUUGUCAUCCAAUUCUCUGGUUGGUUUUAUCCCGGAAGAUGUUGGUAAUUUGAAAGCUGUUGGGCACAUAGAUUUGUCAAAAAACCGUUUAUCUGGUGUCAUACCAAGCAACAUUGGGAGGCUUCAGGAUAUUGUCAAUCUCUCAUUGGCAAAUAAUAAUCUUGAAGGCUCCAUUCCUGUAUCAAUUGGCAGCUUGCUGAACCUUGACCUUUUGGAUUUAUCCAAAAACAAUCUAUCUGGACUGAUCCCGAAGUCUCUUGAAGCACUCGUACAUCUCACGCAUAUGAACUUAUCUUUCAACAAGCUCCAAGGAGAAGUUCCAACAGGUGGACCUUUUGAAAAUUUCUCUGCUCUAUCAUUUGUCUCCAAUGGUGAACUAUGUGGUGCAUCCCGACUACAUCUUCCACCAUGCAAAAGGAGGACUAAUAACUCCUUGAAAUACAUUGUUAUAGGGGUCUUGUUAUCAGUGCUACUUGCGAACUUCCUUCUCAUGUUGAUACUACGCCGGAAAAGGAACGUUGAGCCUUCACUGGAGACUCCAUUAUUUCCUCAAGUUUGGAGAAAAGUUUCAUACCUUCAACUUCUAAGGGCGACAAAUGGAUUUAGUGAAAGCAAUUUACUUGGCACUGGGAGUUUCGGGUCAGUCUAUAAAGGAACGCUUUCAGACGGGUUAGAUGUUGCCAUAAAGGUGUUCAAUAUACAACUAGAAGAGGCUUUCAAGAGCUUUGAAGUUGAAUGCCAAAUGCUAGGAAAUAUUCGUCAUCGGAAUCUUGUCAAAGUAAUCAGUUGCUGCAGUCAAGAUGAUUUCAAAGCUGUAGUAUUGGACUACAUGCCUAAAGGAAGCCUCGACAAGUGGUUGUAUUCUCAUGAAUUUACUUUGAAUUUCUUCCAGAGGUUGAAUAUAAUGAUAGAUGUUGCAUCAGCAUUGGAAUACCUUCACCAUGGUUACGAAACACAUAUUGUCCAUUGUGAUUUGAAGCCUAACAACAUACUACUGGAUGAUGACAUGGUUGCCCAUGUUGCUGACUUUGGUAUUGCAAAACUAAUAGGAGGAGAAGACUCAAUGACUCGAACUAUGACCCUUGCUACAGUGGGGUAUAUGGCACCAGAGUAUGGAAUGGAAGGAAUCGUAACUAGAAGAGGGGAUGUAUACAGCUUUGGUAUUGUACUACUGGAAACAUUUACAAAAAAGAAGCCAACAGAUGAGAUGUUCGUUGGAGGAAUGAAUUUAAAGCAAUGGGUUGCAGAAUCAUUACUUGCAGAUGCAAUAGUUGAAGUUGUGGAUGCUAACUUGCUUGGAACUCUGGAAGAGCAGGAGUCUGUGAGCAUGAGGAAUUGUUUUUCUUCCAUUAUGAGAUUAGCUCUUGCUUGCUGUGCAGAAGUAUCGGAAGAGAGAAUAAAUGUGCAAGAUGCUCUAGCCACACUCGAGAAAAUCAAGAUCAAAUUUUUAAAGGACACUGCAGGAGGUGCAGUGGUGAACCGUACUACUGUUUAGCAGCCAUGUCUUGAAUGGAUUCAGCUGUUUUUUUUUUUGUUUCAAUUUGAGGAGAAUUAUUAUACGCACCAAGUUGCAAGUAGAUCGAUAAUCAUAAUAAUAUCUCAGCCAUUUAUUUGAUCAGGUUCACAAAUGUAACAACUCUUUACUGGAAACAAGAGUACUAUCUUGGACA